ACUAGCGAGGGCCUUGCGUAGGCACCGGCCCCUGAGCCCGUGCGGCGUGAUACGUCGGGUGAGGGGGAGGGUCUUCCGGCCCUCUGGAAAAUCAUUUCCGGCAGGAGCCGGAAGACCGUCCCGGAUGGCCUCGGGGACGGUCAGUGAGUGGAGGUGAGCUCCGGGAUUGCCGGCUUUCCCGCGUCCGCUGGUUGCCUCAUGCUGCAGGCCGCGACCGCCAGCCCCCGCUCGCAUCGGUGGCGCUGAGGUGCCGGGACAGGAAGCGACAUGUCGUCGGGCCUCCGCGCCGCUGACUUCCCCCGCUGGAAGCGGCACAUCUCGGAGGAACUGAGGCGCCGGGACCGGCUGCAGAGACAGGCGUUCGAGGAGAUCAUCCUGCAGUAUAACAAAUUGCUGGAAAAGUCAGAUCUUCACUCAGUGUUGGCCCAGAAACUACAGGCUGAAAAACAUGAUGUACCAAACAGGCAUGAGAUAAGUCCUGGACAUGAUGGCACAUGGAAUGACAGUCAGCUACAAGAAAUGGCCCAGCUGAGGAUCAAGCACCAAGAAGAACUGACUGAAUUACACAAGAAACGUGGGGAGUUAGCUCAAUUGGUGAUUGACCUGAAUAACCAAAUGCAGCAGAAGGACAGGGAGAUGCAGAUGAAUGAAGCAAAAAUCGCAGAAUGUUUGCAGACUAUCUCUGACCUGGAGACGGAGUGCCUAGAACUGCGCACUAAGCUUUGUGACCUUGAAAGAGCCAACCAGACCCUGAAGGAUGAAUAUGAUGCCCUGCAGAUCACUUUUACUGCCUUGGAGGAAAAACUGAGGAAAACUACGGAAGAGAACCAGGAGCUGGUCACCAGGUGGAUGGCUGAGAAAGCCCAGGAGGCCAAUCGGCUCAAUGCAGAGAAUGAAAAAGACUCCAGGAGGCGGCAAGCCCGGCUACAGAAAGAGCUUGCAGAAGCAGCAAAGGAACCUCUACCAGUCGAACAGGAUGAUGACAUUGAGGUCAUUGUGGAUGAAACCUCUGAUCACACAGAAGAGACCUCUCCUGUGCGAGCCAUCAGCAGAGCAGCCACUAAGCGACUCUCGCAGCCUGCUGGAGGCCUUCUGGAUUCUAUCACUAAUAUCUUUGGGAGACGCUCUGUCUCUUCCUUCCCAGUCCCCCAGGACAAUGUGGAUACUCAUCCUGGUUCUGGUAAAGAAGUGAGGGUACCAACUACGGCCUUGUGUGUCUUCGAUGCACAUGAUGGGGAAGUCAACGCUGUACAGUUCAGUCCAGGUUCCCGGUUACUGGCCACCGGAGGCAUGGACCGCAGGGUUAAGCUUUGGGAAGUAUUUGGAGAAAAAUGUGAGUUCAAGGGUUCCCUAUCUGGCAGUAAUGCAGGAAUUACAAGCAUUGAAUUUGAUAGUGCUGGUUCUUACCUCUUAGCAGCUUCAAAUGAUUUUGCAAGCCGAAUCUGGACUGUGGAUGAUUAUCGGUUACGGCACACACUCACGGGACAUAGUGGGAAAGUGCUGUCUGCUAAGUUCCUGCUGGACAAUGCGCGGAUCGUCUCAGGAAGUCACGACCGGACUCUCAAACUCUGGGAUCUACGCAGCAAAGUCUGCAUAAAGACAGUGUUUGCAGGAUCCAGUUGCAAUGAUAUUGUCUGCACAGAGCAAUGUGUAAUGAGUGGACAUUUUGACAAGAAAAUUCGUUUCUGGGACAUUCGAUCAGAGAGUAUAGUUCGAGAGAUGGAGCUGCUGGGAAAGAUUACUGCCCUGGACUUAAACCCAGAAAGGACUGAGCUCCUGAGCUGCUCCCGGGAUGACUUGCUAAAAGUUAUUGAUCUCCGAACAAAUGCUGUCAAGCAGACAUUCAGUGCACCUGGGUUCAAGUGCGGCUCUGACUGGACCAGAGUUGUCUUCAGUCCUGACGGCAGUUACGUGGCGGCAGGCUCUGCUGAGGGCUCUCUCUACAUCUGGAGUGUGCUCACAGGGAAAGUGGAAAAGGUUCUCUCAAAGCAGCACAGCUCGUCCAUCAAUGCGGUGGCGUGGUCGCCCUCUGGCUCGCACGUUGUCAGCGUGGACAAAGGAUGCAAAGCUGUGCUGUGGGCACAGUAUUGACGGGGCUCUCAGGUCUGGGAGGACCCCAGCGCCCUCCUCAGAAGAAGCACGUGGGCUCCCGCAGCCCUGUCCUGGCAGGUGAUGUGCUGGGUACAGCAUGGACCUCCCAGAGAAGCUCGAGCUAUGUGGCACUGUAGCUUUGCCGUGAAUGGGAUUUCUGAAGAUUGGACUGAGGUCUCUCUUGGCCUGGAAGAAUAACACUGAAAAAACCUGACGCUGCGGUCACUUAGCAGAGGCUCAGGUUCUUGCUUUGGGAAACACUACUAGCUCUGACCUUCCAUACCUCACUUGGGGGAGCACAGGGCCCCGCUGGGCCUCCUCACCAAGGGCAGUGCCAAAAACAGCCCCCACAUCAAGGUGGUGUUCUCUGUGCUUUCUCUCAUCCUUCCAAAGUUGGUUCUGGCCUGACGCAUGUCCCAUCACCGUGGGGUCAUUUGCCCGGUGAACUCACUUUAAGCAUUGGAUUAACGGAAACUCCAAGGCUACAGACCCCUCCCUGGUGGGCUGCAUGAAUGUGUCUCAUUACUGCUGAAAUUUCCUCAGAUCUCUUCCACUGUUCUUCAGAGCUUUCUGGCUCUCUUUCCCCCACAAAAUUCGACAUAUUUAAAGAUCUCUGUGUGGUUUAAAAAAAAAUGUUUUUAUGUUUUUUUGAGGUGGGAGAGGAUGUGAGAAAAUCUUUUCCAGGGAAAUGGGUUUGCUGCAGAGGUAAGGAUGUGUUCCUGUAUCGAUCUGCAGACACCCAGAAGGUGGGUGCACACUGCAUGCUUGGGGUGCCAAGGGAUUUGAGACCUCCAACAUAUUUGUCUGAAGCUGGUGAUUCUGGCCACGGCCCCUCUGCCAAGCCUGUGUGCCAUGCCCUUGGUGCUUUAGUGCAAGAAGCCCAGACUCAGAAGCACAGCAGUGCCAUCUUUCCGUUUCAGGGGUUGUGAUGAAGGCCAAGGAAAAGCAUUUAUCUUUACCAUUUUACCUGUGUAUAAAGUUUUAGUUCAUUGAGUGUGCAAAACACCCUUAUCACUUUUAAAUUUGCACUUUAUUUUUUUUCUUCCAUGCUUGUUCUCUGGGCAUUUGGGGAUGUGAGUGCUAGAGCCAGUGAGAGGUGUCAGGCCGCCUUCCCACUGAUGGUCCUGGCCUCCACCUGCCCUCUCUUCCCUGCCUGGUUGCCACUUUCCAAUUUGUCCUUCAGAGAACUUAAGGAGAGUUGAAAUUCACGGGCCAGGGCACAUCUUUUAUUUAUUUCGUUAUGUUGCCCAACAGAACUUGAUUGUAAAUAAUUAAAAAGAAAUCUGUUAUAUACUUUUCAAA